AUGGGGCGAAUGGAUCCGCUGUUUCGUUUUGACGGGGAUGACGAUAACGAGGAUGGAGGGGAGGUUGCGGCGUGGGAUUUCAAGGGCGCGGGGAAGACUCUUGCGGAGGAGUUCAAGGAGCGAAAAACAACGUCCGUUGAUACCAAGAUCGAGAUGAUCCGACGGCGGAGAGCGAUGGGGCUUGGGAGCACGAAGAGAGGGAGAGAAGAGGAGGACGAGGAGGAGGAGGAUGAAGAGGAGGAAGAAGAGGAGGAAGAGGAGGAGGAUGAGGAGGAGGAAGAGGAGGAGGAAGAGGCAGAGGAAGAGGAAGACGAAGCGGAGGAGGAGGAAGAGGAGAUGGAAGAGGAGGAAGAAGAGGAAGAGGAAGAAUUGGAAGAGGAAGAGGAGGAGGAAGAUGAUGAGGAGGAAGAGGAAGAGGAGGAAGACGAAGAGGAGGAGGAGGAAAAUGAGGAGGAAGAGGCGAGCCACAGGAAGACUAAGAAGGAGCCCAAAAUAAAAGAUAUCGAAAAGGCACCCAAGGCGAAAGCCAGGCGAGAAAAGGAAGGUGCAGGAAAGGGCGAAGGCGGGGAAGGGGGAGGCGGAGGCGGAGGCGGGGGGGUGUAUUUCGAGGGGGCGGAGGAGGCAGGGGCGCGGUUCUCCGCGUCGUCCUUCUCAGAACUGCAGCUGUCGCGGCCGCUGCUGCGUGCGUGUGCUGCCCUGGGGUAUGACAAGCCAACGCCCAUCCAGGCGGCCUGCGUGCCGCUCGCCAUGGCUGGGAGGGACAUCUGUGGCAGUGCAAUCACUGGCUCUGGCAAGACCGCGGCCUUUGCCCUGCCCAUACUGGAGCGUCUGCUGUUCCGCCCCAAGCGCGUGGCGGCCACUCGUGUGCUCGUGCUCACCCCGACAAGAGAGCUGGCCGUGCAAGUGCACAGCAUGGUGGAGAAGCUGGCUCAGUUCACAGACAUCCGCUGCGGCCUCGUGGUGGGCGGUUUAUCGAUAAAGAACCAGGAGGUGGCUCUGCGGUCAAGGCCUGAUAUUGUCGUUGCGACUCCUGGAAGGCUGGUGGAUCAUCUGCAGAACAGCCAGAGCGUUGACUUGAACGACCUGGCCAUUCUGGUGCUGGACGAGGCUGAUAGGCUGCUGCAGCUGGGGUUCCAGGAGGGGGUGAUGGAAAUAGUGCGGGUGUGUCCCAAGCGCCGCCAAACUCUCCUAUUCUCGGCCACCAUGAGCGGGGAGGUGCAGCAGCUCGCCAGCCUGUCACUCAACCUGCCGGUCCGACUGUCUGCUGAUGCUUCCAUGCAGCGCCCACGGACACUGGAGGAGGAAGUGGUUCGGGUGCGAUCGUCUCAGGAAGCAGACAGAGAGGCGAUGCUGCUUGCUGUGUGCUCCAGGCUCGCCCAAACCGCUGGCGCAGGCUCGGAAGGAGGGACGGAAGGUGGUUCGGAAGGAAGAGAGGCAGGAGAUUCAAGAAGAGGGGAGAAGCGGAGUAAAACACAGGGGGGGGGUGGAGUGAUUGUUUUCAGUGGCCGCAAGGUAGAGGCGCAUCGGCUGAAGAUUAUAUUUGGUCUGCUUGGAUGGCGGGCGGCAGAGCUACACGGGAAUCUCACCCAGGCCAUGAGACUGGAUGCUUUGGAGCGAUUCCGAACGCACGAUGCGGACUUUCUGAUCGCCACUGACGUCGCUGCCAGGGGUUUGGACAUUGCUGGAGUGCAAACGGUUAUCAACUACCACACGCCGCGUGAAAUCACCAACUACGUGCAUCGAGUGGGGCGGACAGCGCGGGCGGGGAAGAUCGGAUCGUCUGUGACGUUUGUCGGGGAGAAGGACAGGAGGCUGCUGAAGGCGAUGACGAGGAGAGCAGGCAGGAAGCUGAGGCAGCGGCAGAUAGCCCAAGCGGCGGUGGAGAGGUGGCGGCAGCGGGUGGAGGGCAUGGAGAGGGAUGUAGCAGCUGUGAUGAAGCAGGAGACGGAGGAGCGGGUGCUGAGAAAGGCAGAGAUGGAAGCAGUCAAGGCUGAGAACAUGCUGACUCACCGCGACGAGAUAUUCGCCAAGCCCAAGCGCACGUGGUUCCAGAGCAAGAGGGAGAAGGAGGCAGUCGCAGAGGCGGCUAAGGCUGUGGCUGAUGCUGAGGAGGAGGGUGGGGAGGGAGGCAGUGGGAAGGGUGGUGGGAAGGGAGGAAAGGGGGGAGGGAAGGUGCUUUCGUUGGAAGAGGUGCAGGAGAAGAGGAGGAAGGAGAAGAUGAAGAAGCAGCGAGAGAGCAAGAGGGAGAAGGAGGCCGUCGCAGAGGCGGCUAAGGCUGUGGCUGACGCUGAGGAGGAGGGCGGGGAGGGCGCCAGUGGGAAGGGCGGGAAGGGGGGAGGGAAGGUCCUUUCACUGGAGGAGGUGCAGGAGAAGAGGAGAAAGGAGAAGCUGAAGAAGCAGCGGGAGAAAUCCCUCCCUAGGAAGAAGCGUCGAACGCUAGAGGCAGAGAGGCAGGCACAAGGGGAGGAGGCAGAAGCGCAUCCCUUUGGGUCCCCAACUGCUGCCCUCACUCUCCACACUUCCCCUUUCUGUUUCCGAUUCUCCUCCUCUCGCCCUCCUGUUCUCCAGAAAUCCCUUCCCAGGAAGAAGCGCAGAAAGCUAGAGGCAGAGAGGCAGGCUCAAGAAGAGGAGGCAGAAGCACAAGAAUUCGGGCUGGAUGAAGAAAAACCCAAGGCUGGAAAAACAAGAGCCGAUCUGGCUUACCGCAAGGCCAAGGCAAUCAAAUCCGCGGAGCGGCUCCGAGCAGCUGGAAAGAUUGUCAGCCUGCCCAAGGCGGGCGGCCGGGCAGCUGGGAAGAAACCGAAGCAGAAAACGCAGUCCCGGUCUCGAGAGAUGAAGGAUUUGUUUCAAACGGAUAUGGCCAAGGGCAAGGGAGGAGGAGGGGCAGGUGGGGCAGGAGGGGAGGUGAGGGGGAAAGGGAAGGCUGGAGGAACUUUCAAGAGCAAGAAGCGGUGA